UGAGGCUUGGUCAGCUUGUCCAGGAGAGCUUACUUCACCAAUUCUUCAUAUUUGAUAUCACAUCUCUCGUCUUCAGGGUGUCUCUCUUGAUACCUGACUAGCAAUUAUUGACAUCGACCUUUGUUUCCGCCGAGGAUUCCGUAAUGAACAGUCGGUGAGAUUGACUUGCACUUUCUCACAACAAUGGCAGUUCAAACGAAAUUAGCAACAGUAUCAUCUGUUGUCCUCAGGCUGGGGUCGUACUUCUUUCUUAGAUGGGGUCUAUUGCCACCUAUGGCACCGGUCGUGUUCACUUUAUUCGCCAUUUACAUACCGACUUUCAUCUCCACGUACUUCAACAGUCUGCAGAACGAUGAAGUUCACGAGGAGGCCGAGAUUCUCAUCAAGGACACUGUCCUCAAUGGCGAAGGCAACGGAGGUGACGAUGUUGUCAUCGAAGAGCUCGAGGUCAAGGAGACAAUCGUCGUUGGAGAGCCUCCCGUCAGCCCAUUGUACUCCCUCCUCACCGGCAUGCCGAACCCGCGCAGUCUCGCCAUCUCGCUCGGCACCCUGCUCAUCAACGUAGCGUGCGUGCUCAUGGUGGCUGAUCGUGUCUACUCCGAGCAUUGGAUCACCGGUGACGACUUGUCUUUCAUCAGGCUUGGGUACGUCUCGGGAACUGAGGCUAAGUUGCUCGUCCGGGAGCCAGACCAGUCGAAAAUGCCCGUCACCAUCGAGGCACGGCUCAAGGACCCUCAGCCUCCUUUCGACACCUCAAUCUGGCAGACAGUCGGCGGGGUCAGGUGGACGAGCAACGAGACCGACUACACAGCUGUCGUUACCGUGCCUGCAGUGCACAGGGAACCACGCACCUACGUUUGGAAGAGCUCCAACGGCCACUCGGGCGAGUUCACCUCCGCGCCGCGGGCCGGUCAGUACCCAAAGGACUAUGAUGGAAAGUUCACCUUCCUCUCCACCUCUUGCAUAGUGAAUCGCCUACCUUAUAGCCCCUUGGACCACCCGCUCUCGAUCCCCGGCAUGCGACACCUCGCAAAACUCCUACCCGGUCUCGGCGCCCAAUUCAUGCUCUUCCUCGGCGACUUCAUCUACGUCGAUGUGCCCAAAUGGUGGGGAACAGAUGUGACCGAUUACCGUCAGAAGUACAGGGCCGUCUAUGCAUCACCCGAGUGGCCUCAAGUGGGGCAGAAUUUUAGUUGGAUCCACGUCCUUGACGACCACGAGAUCAAGAACGAUUGGGACAAGAAUCAGACGGGUGUAUAUGAGGCUGCAGUCGACCCCUGGCACCAUUAUCACACGUCGGCUAACCCGCCCGCCGUCAAGAGGGCGGGCUUAGCUGGGACGAAGAGCCGAGGUGUGACCUGGUUUGAAUUCGCACAGGGCCCGGCCAGCUUCUUCAUGCUGGACACGCGGUCCUACCGGUCCAACAACAAGAUCCCAUAUGCAGCCGAGGAGAAGACGAUGCUCGGUGCAGAUCAGCUUGACGACCUCAUCGCCUACCUGCAGAAGCCCGAGCCCAAGGGCGUACAGUGGAAGAUUAUCGCCUCGUCAGUCCCGUUCACAAAGAACUGGCCUGUCAACAGACAGGACACCUGGGGCGGUUUCCUGGUGGAGCGGAAGAAGGUCCUCGAGGCUAUGUGGGACACUGCUGCUAGAGGCGUCGGCGUCGUCGUGCUUUCCGGAGAUAGGCACGAGUUUGCUGCGACAAAGUUCCCCCCGCCUCUGGACUCGAGAUGGAACGACAAGGCAACUGUGUACGAGUUCUCUGCGAGCCCGCUGAGCCAGUUCUAUUCACCUGUGGGCACUUAUAAGCAGACCGACGAUGAAGAUGUGGAGCUCAAGUAUAUCCACAAUGGCAACUCCAAGUUCGGCGCCAUCACCAUCGAGAGGGUCCCCGGCACCGACAAGAGCUCCCUCUCUUACCAACUCUUCGUCGACGGUGUCGAGGCAUGGAACACCACCAUCCUGUCACCCGAAGCUAAGACCUCGGGUGGGCUCUGGGACCGCCUAGCUGGAUCCCUUUGA